AUUUUAGUUUUAGUUGAGUAGGCAACACCAUAACACACAAUAAAAUUUUCAUGUAAGUUCGGAAAAUAUUGGGAAAAAUCAGUUCGAACCGUUCUUGCGACAUGGAUGAGAAUCAAGCGGGACGAAUGUUGGCCAGAGCCGCGGGAGGCGCUUUCCCUUACUCCAACAUGCGCGAGCUGUUCGUGCGACAAUUUGCGUCCAUGUCGCCACGCUCUGAGCAGGACACGUUCUUCGACUGCCAGAGCUCGAACGAGGACUGUGGGAGUCCCGGGGAGCCGGGCCACGACGCGGAGGCCAUGCGCUGUGCCCUGGAACGGACCGCCGCCAACAUCCAAAUGAUGUUGAGUAGCCUGAACGAGAUGUCCCCUCCGAGUCGACCCAUCGGCUUUACUCUGGAGAUAACCACCACCCUGGUGGUGAACGAUGACAAGCAGUCUGCGACGUGCGGCCGCGUCACUGGACAGCCGGUGACCGUUCAGAUGCCCCUGCAGUUCGAUCCGCGCACCAGACAAUUGACCUCCAGUUGCCCUGGGAAACAGCAGCACCAGGAGCACCAGCAACAGCAACAGCACCAGCAUCGACAGCAGAUUCAGGCCUCCAUAUGCGAGUGCAGAUCCAUCGGUGCGACGAAACUUGGCUCAGAUUACCCAGCUCUGACGUAUAUGCAGGACGAGUGCCGACACCAGACCUGCAACAACAACCGCACCCGCCCCCAGGAAUCUCAGACCGACCAAUCGCGCCUCCGACAGCAGAGACAGCAGAGACAGCAGUGUCCAUUGAGCUGCGCAGCAGCAGCAGGCUCCCGCAACAGGCCAUCCCAGACGGAGAUGUCGUAUCUCCGCGAACACCACAAGCCCAUGUCUAAAAGAUCCUCGGAUGCCCGAUCUGAGGGUAACCGCAGCAGCCAGGACUCGCAGACGGAAUCCUCCUACGUGAACGAUCAUUACAUACACGAACGCGAAAAGCUCAUGAAGGACAGGCCCUCACAGACCCACAUGCAACCCAUGAACAAGUUCACAUAUCCCACACAGUUUAUGCGGUGCGAUGGACUAUGCGCGGAUCUAUGCGGUUUGGCCACAUCUGAAACGGACGAAACAAUCUACCCUACUGAAAGCAAUCCUACCACCAGUCGCGGCGCAUGUCCGGCCACAACAGGAGACGUGCCAACCAGCAGCAGCAGGGCAUGCUCAUGCAGUUCGAAGGCGACAAAAGGAGACUUGCCCACAUCGGCACCCAGUCCAGCUAGCAGUCGUGGGGCCUGUUCAUGCAAUUCAAAGACCACAAUAGGGAAUCCAACCAGUCCAACCAGCAGUCGUAACGCAUGUCCAUGCAGUUCGAAGGCCUCAAAAGGAGACUUGCCAACAUCGGAUGACUACCAUACAGCGGACAGUCCAUCGAGCAGUCGCGGGGCAUGUUCAUGCGGCGGUGGAACAUCGAAAACUAAUUAUUCGCCCUGUCAAAGUACCACAAAGAACAUAGUCCGGUCGAACAGACCUUCAUCAUGUGGAUGCAGUCUUCGUCGCUGUUUGUCCAGAGCAGACAACAGGCCACCAUUUGCCAGUGAUCCGCAGCCCCUCACUUGCGAGUCUCUCCUUUGUGGCGGUCAGCACCAGAGCAAUUUGCCGGCUUGGGCACCGAAUCCGAAUGUCCAACGUACAGUCAUGUCGAAUGCGGAUACCUGCGGCGUUCAGUGGACCGCGAAUGAUGAGGAGACAGAUCCCGCCAGCAGUUGUCGUUGCCCUACUCAGAAUUCAUCCAAGGUCACGACACUUGCCACUCAAGGAAAACAUUAUUCAACUCCAGCCAGUACUUGCCCGAUUACAAGCACCAUAGAUAUGUCUCUUUCAUCCAAGGGCAUGCAGAGUGUCUCCAAUUGCGCUGAUAAAGAGGAUCCUUGCUCCAGUUCGUGUCCUGUCACGAGCGUUGAUCUGUGCGCCUCGACAGCUCUUGCAGGUGCUGCAUCAUCUAAAGGACUCAGGAGUAACGCCAUUUGUGGCACCAAAACGAGUGUAAGCUCUUGUCCGGCUACGAGUCUAUCGAAUGCUGUAGCAGAUCCUUGCCCAUCGAAGGCCGUUGCAGAUCCUUGCUCAUCGAAGAUCAGUGCAGAUCCGUGUUCAUCGAGGGCAGUGAUGGCAGAUCCUUGCUCAUCAAAGAUUAAGUCGGUUCCUUGUAUAAUAAGGGAUAUGAUGGUAGAGCGUCGUUUAUCGAAGGCCACUGUAGAUCCCUGUUCAUCGAAGGCCACUGUAGAUCCCUGUUCAUCGAAGGCCUCGGCAGAUCCCUGUUCAUCGAGGACUCUGAUGGCAGAUCCUUGCUCAUCGAGAGUUAUGGCAGAUCCUUGUUCAUCAAGGGCUAUGAUGGUACAGCCUUGUUUAUCGAAGGCUAUGGCAGAUCCUUGUUCAUCAAGAGCUAUGAUGGCAGAGCCUUGUUUAUCGAAACCUGCGAUGGUAGAGCCUUGUAUCUCGAAGGCUAUGGCAGAUCCUUGUUCAUCAAGAGCUACGAUGGCAGAGCCUUGUUUAUCGAAACCUGUGAUGGUAGAGCCUUGUUUCUCGAAGGCUAUGGCAGAUCCUUGUUCAUCAAGAGCUAUGAUGGAAGAGCCUUGUUUAUCGAAACCUGUGAUGGUAGAGCCUUGUUUAUCGAAGGCUAUGGCAGAUCCUUGUUCAUCAAGAGCUAUGAUGGCAGAGCCUUGUUUAUCGAAACCUGCGAUGGUAGAGCCUUGUUUCUCGAAGGCUAUGGCAGAUCCUUGUUCAUCAAGAGCUAUGAUGGCAGAGCCUUGUUUAUCGAAACCUAUGAUGGUAGAGCCUUGUUUAUCGAAGGCUUUGGCAGAUCCUUGUCUAUCGAAGAUCUUUGUAGAUCCCUGUCCAUCGAAGGCCUCUGCAGAUCCCUGUUCAUCGAAGGCCUCUGCAGGUCCCUGUUCAUCGAUGGCAGGUUCUUGCCCAUGGAAGGCCUCUGCAGGUUCCCGUUUAUCGAGGCCUGUUAUGGCAGAUCUUAGCUCAACGAAGACACACAUUAAUCCUUGUGAAUCCCAGGUCGUUUCAAAUCCGUGCUCAUCCAGAGGCCUAAUAGAAACUAGCGCCAUUCAUGCCUCAUGUGGCAUCCAAACCAGUUUGCUGGGUGUAAAUUCUGCCGGCAAUUUGGAGCCCAUAUUUUCAGAUGUGAGCACACAUCAACAUCAACUCCCAUCGUCGUUUGGGAUUGAUGAGCAGACCUCGGGCACCUCCCGAUCACGAUCCAUCGUGAACAAGAUCACCUGCCUGUGCUCCCCGGACCAGAAGUCCUUUAACAACGCAAAUCUCGAUAAGGCUCCUCACGAAGAAGGCCACGUCCAGUACGGGAAUGAGGAGAUGCCAGAGAACUCCGAGCAGUGCAAUGUUUGUGAGAUAUGUCCACCGCCCCACGAUCCCAUGCAGUCUCUUAGAAGCUCUGUGCGCGAUGCACCGAUUCCCAAGCCACUGCAGAUCAAGUGCCUGAAGUCCUCGUGCACAUGCAAGUCGCAGUGCAAGUCCAAUACCAAAACGAAGAGCCAACCGAGCCCUCAGUCGCAGCCCACGCAGAGGCCCAGGCGUGUGCAGCGGGAGGAUCAAGAUGACUUUCAGGACUGCGUCUCCUUCAGCUCCACCGUCAAGACGAAGAGCAGCCGCAGAUUGUCGUACAAAUCAUCGCCGAUGUUCUCCUGCCAACAGGAAGAAUCGCUGCCGAUCAUCACCAGCCUCUACAACCUGGACCAAGGGGAAAAUGCGUCGGGUCAGUGCCCCUGUGGCAUCUGUGGGCUAUCCGACAAGACCGGCUAUGGUGGGGAUGAGUCCCAAUGCAAGCACUCCAAGAUUGUUACAUCUGGGGUGAACAUUGAAAUCUGCGGGGUGUACAAAGAUGAGCCGCCAACGAAGAGCUGUAGCGAUAAAUCUGCUGACAAUACAUCCAUGGAAAUGAAGAGCUGCCGCGAACCAUCUACGGAUAAGGCUAGCGAGUCCGGUUACUAUUGCAGUCCGGACACAUCGGCCUACACAGAUUAUACGGAUGCCCCCUGCAAGGAGCUGAUUGUGGAGAGCCGCAAGGAGCGCAUCUUGGACAUGGUGCAGCAGCUGAGCGAAGCCGCCGACUGUGAUUGCAACGAGGAUCGUCCGGCCAUGAUACAGAACCUCUUCCGGGAGCUGGCCCUUUUGCUGCGCAUGGAGGAAGAGCGCGCCGUGGCGCCGCAGGACGAGGUGCAGCCACCAAAGCCCACCUUCGAGGAGUGCUGCACCGCCCAGCAAAAGUGUGACGCCCAGCAGCCCAACGAGAAUGGUAAAGAUUCGACUGACAGGCGCCGCAUCUAUUGCUUCGAACAGCUGGACGAUGCCGUGCGCCAGUGCAUCUUGCAAGAGGAACCCAAACAGCUGCCAGAGUUGGAGAUCUACGAACUCGAAACGGACACUGACUCCGAUGCAGAAGAUGCCUGUGCCAAGUCGCUGCCUCCAGCGGAAUCCACGAUAUUCAAGGAUGCAGAUGGCCAGGGGUGCGGCAUCGGCGAUGACUUUAUGGAUAUGACAAGCGAAUGCAAUCUCAUGGAACAAAUGAAGAAGAUACUGGAGGAACCCGGUCCAGAAGAGUGCGACUUGUGUGAGGAUAUAUUGCAGCAGGUUAUAGAACCCUGCCACAGCCAAGAUCAUGACAAGUUCAGCGGUUCAUGUGCCAGCAUGGGGCCAUCUAGAGUUGAGCCCUGUCCGUCUCAAGAUCCAUUUCAAUCCAAGCAGCCAUGCCCCAAAACGGAUCCAUGUCCAACGAUGGAGCCCAUUCCAAAGAUUGACCCCUGUCCCUCUCAAGAUCCAUGUCAAUCCAAGCAGCCAUGCCCCAAAACGGAUCCAUCUCCAACGAUUGCGCCCUGUCCCUCUCAAGAUCCUUGUCCACCCCAGCAGCCAAGCACCAAAUCGGCUCCAUGUCCAACGAUUGCGCCCUGUCCCUCUCAAGAUCCUUCUCCACCCCAGCAGCCAAGCCCCAAACCGGCUCCGUGUCCAACGAUUGCGCCCUGUCCAUCGACUGAGCCCUUGAAAACGGAGACCUGUGUGAACGUAGAGUCCUACAAACAGACGGAUAGCAAGCAGCAGCUCUGUGCCGGCGAUUUUGGCCAUCUCCUGCCCGACGGACAGCUCAGCCCACAGGCACGUCAGCUGUGCGAGAAGCUCCUGCGCCAGGCCCUGGUGGACUGCGGAGCCUGUGACGCCGCCAAAGGGCCAACUCUGGGACCAUCGCAGUCAGGUCCGUGCUCAGAGGCAGCAAGCAGACCAAAGGUUGAUCCGAAGGAAGGAGGAAAAUGCCAGUGCUGCCAUUGUCGUGCCCUCAGGUGCGAUAACGAAUGCCAAACAGUGUCCAAGACUCUGCGAUCGGCCAUAGCCGAUCCAGCUUGUGAAAUGAAAUGCUUUAUCGACUCCAUGAUUAUGGAUUUGGAAGUCAUGGACCAUGUGCUGUGCAACAAUAAGGCAAAGGCCAGGGAUGUGACGGCCAACUGUUCGGGCAAUGCGCCGGGUGAUAGCUUCCCCGUGACCAUCACCGCUGUCUCCAGUCUGGGCUGUACCGCGCUCUACAUCAGAUGGGAGCUGCAGGACUGUGCCGGCAUCGGCGGCUACGAGAUUUACCUGGAUGGAAAUUUAAGGAAUCGCUUUUACAGCUACCGACACCAAGCCGCUGUGGUGGCCAAUGUGGAUGUGACAAAGGGUCAUCAGAUUGUGUUGCGGGCCCAGGCACUGGGCUAUGAUUUUCCAGGAGAGGAUGUGGGUGUGGGCAACUGCAAGACCGUGGCGCGCACCAGCCAUCCGGAGAUGCUGGCCGGAGCCAAGAGACCGUGGUCGCCCAGCGUCUACUUCUACGAUCCCAGCGUGGGCGUCAGGCCAACGUCGAGCGCGAAGCGAGCUAGUCAAACAUAAAUCAGAUAUCAUAUCGGAUUGGGGAGCAGCAGUGAGCGGAAGACUCCCCACACAAUACCACAAGCAUACAAUUUUUAGCCUGUACAUAUAGGACUUACAUGAGAUUUAUAUUUUGUUCAAAGUUGAAGGGAGAAAGAUGUGUAGCGCCCCAUAGCGCUUAAGGAAUUGAUUGGACUCGAAGUGUAUUUGUAGUGCUUUAAAUAGUGCCUUAAAUUGUAACCGUAUUUAUUAAGCAGAGAGAAAGAGAGAGAGCAAUGCAUCAUUGUACAUGAAUUGAUAAUACCCUAAGAUACACACAUAUACCCUUAGGGGGCCCUUCACACGUUAGUUGACACAACACCAAAAUCAUUUUGAAUAAAAAAACCAAGAAUCUCAAUGUUAGAGAUACCAACUAAA